CAAAUAUCAGUUAUAUUGAAUGCGGCUGUGCAACUAUUGCCUGUCUCGGGAGCAAGCAUUCUUUCAAAAUUAUAUUAAUGAGGUGAAAAAUAAACGUUGUGUACGGGGAGCAUACCAAAAUGGCGGCGUCGAAGGUGAAAAAAUCAAAAUUCGUUGACAAUACUCAUGUUUCGAACAUUAUGCAGAGGUUAAAUGAACAAAGACAAAGUAGUAAGUUUUGUGAUGUUAUUCUCAAGGUCUAUGGUACCAGUGUACUUGUGCAUUCCAAUGUUUUAGCGGCAGCUAGUCCAUAUUUUCAUACGUUCCUCGGACAAGGGGAAGAUGACCCGCGAGCAUUUUCUCAAAACACGCCACAGAUGAUAGAAAUUCACAUCGAUGGAGAGAGUAAUGAGGAUAAUUACAGUGAGGCUAUUAAGAUCGUUAUUGAUUACUUGUACACAGGCCAAAUAGCUGUCUCUUCAACCAUCAUCAACCACAUAGCACAACUAUCAAAAAUAAUGUGUUUACAUAAGUUAAGUUCCUUUUGUGAAUGGUUUAUCAAUGAAGAAAGUAAGGAUGAUGACAUUCAUGAAAAUACAAUGGUUAAUGGUGAAAAUAUUGAGGCAAUGCCACAAAGUGAAAGAAUACCUGAAUCUGAAAUAUCAACUAAGAGUUCCCCUCUUUUUGCAAAUUCUCAGAAGGAUGAAGGUGAAAAUUCAAAAUCAUUUCAUUAUUCUAAAAGAAAAAGAGGAAGACCAAGAAAGAUAACUCAAACAGAAGACGAAGAUGAAAUGUUUGGUCCUAAAAGAAGAAGAGGCAGACCAAGAAAGAUAACUCAGAUUGAAGACAAUCAUGAGGAAGAAAUGUUUGUAGAGGAAAAGAAAAGUGACACUGAACCUGCUGAUGUUGGACAUUCUGAUGAUAAAAGUGUGAAGGAUACCAUUGCUGAAGAUGAAGUUAAUAUAACUGAAUUCUCUUCCAGGAGUGGCAGGAAAAGAAAACUUACAGUUAAGAUGAAAUACUUCACUAACUCUAAGGAAGAUUCUCUGGCUGGAUUAGGGUUUGUCAGAAAGCGUGACAAAUAUAAAUGUGCAUUCUGUCCCUUCUCUACAAUGUCUCUUUAUAAUCAUCAGCAACAUACCCAGGCCCAUGAACGGCCCAAGAAGAAGUACACGUGUGACACUUGUGGAUAUACAUCAGAAAAGGCAAAGAGUAUGCAUGUCCAUAAGAAAGAGCACCUGCAUGAAAACUAUCACUGUGAUCUUUGUGAAUACAAUGGUGAUACAAAAGAAAACUUUGAAAACCACAUGAAAAGACAUGAUGAUCCCCUGCCCUUCUUCUGCAAGUAUUGUGAUCAUAGAUUCAGGACUAAAACUCAGUUAAACUUCCACUACCCUAAACAUUCCAAACUGAAACCAUUUGUUUGCAAAAUAUGUAAUGCUGGAUUCAAAUGGAAGCAUGCACUGAAAAAUCAUAUGGUGACCCACAGUACCACAAAAGAACAUCUAUGUGAUGUAUGUGGGUUUGCUACUGCUCAUAAGAGUCAGCUGAAAGCUCACAGACUGGUUCACACAGGGGACACUUAUAAAUGUCCUGAAUGUAAUUUCCAGGCCACAAGGAAGCAGAACUUGAAGUACCACAUGGUGACGCACACACGUGAGAAAGCCCACCAGUGUGAAGUGUGUGGGCAAUCGUUCUCCCUCAUUAAAAACAUGAAGCGACACAUGCUGCUACACACGAACGAACGACCCUAUAAAUGUGACCAGUGUACUUUCACCACAACGCGCUUUGAUAAGCUUAAAGAACACUUGAAAAAACAACAUGGACAGGGGGAAGAUUCAAAGAAAAAAUCAAAAGGAAUGGCAAAAACUGCAGAUUCUGAGCAUGCAAAAUUGCUUCACCAGGCCUCUAAAAUGCUGGUUGGUGGGCUGUCAGAUGUAACUGAGGUACCGAUCACGGAGGUGGUAGACUCGGAUGUCCUCUCCACGCUACAGUCCUUCCAGAUCCAGGUGGAUGGAUCUAAAACCGUGGGCGUACCACACGCACAGAGAGAAGUGUUAAUACCGACAACGGGGGACAGUCUACAACCCAUCAGUCUAACCAAACUACAGGAAGACGGGAGUGAAGUUACUUACCAUUUUGUACAGCUAGAAUCAACAUGAUCCAGUUAACAAAUUAAUGAAAUAUAAUUUAUUGUUAUUGACUGCUAAUAAGAAAAUUGUGUUAUUAUUUGUUGGAUGAAGUAAAUUUUUUUUUAUUAUUAAAAGAUCUAGAUUUUAAAUAUUAUGUGUACAUUUUAGUACAUUUAGAAAGUUCUUUUUUUUUCUUAUAAUUCAAUUACUGAAUACAUAUUUAGCUCACCUGAGUAAGAGGCUUCACUUUUCUGAUCAGAAAAGGUUUAUAGUCCAUGUGCCUGUUAUGUAUAGUUUGUUUUCACAUUUCCUUUAUUAAAAUGAUUAAGGUCAUCUGAU